AAGUUUAUUUAAAAAUACUACAAGAUAUAAGAUCAUGAAUUCAAAUUAAUUAAAGAAUCAGUUUGUAAAAUUGUUUUUGAGAUUCAUAAUAUUGAUUAUUUUAAACCUCAAAAAUAUUGUAAAGAAAUAGAAACUUAAAACUAGGCUUGAUAAAUAAUUAAUUUCACUGUUCAAAAACAGCACUAAGAUUUGCCCAAAUAAAACCAGACAAAAUUAUCAUUUCUAAACCAAGUAUAAUAAUGCAAAAAAAAAAAAAAAAAAAGACAAGAUUAUGCUGCACUUUUUUAAUACAAUUUUGUAUCCAGAUGUCAAAAUGCUUUACAAACUUACUUAAAAUUUUUUUAAAAUUAAAAUGUUUUUUCUCGAAAAAUUUUCACGUAAACUUCCUGUUAAUAAUACUUUUUUGGCUUUUUCCGAAGCAAAAAGUUCUUUCAAAAAAUUACUAAGAAAUCUUGAAAUAAAUGGGAAUUAAGUCAAUGUUUAAAUCGAAAUCGUGAAGAUUUUUUUACGUUUGUUCUUAUGUAAUUUAAAGGAAUUGUUUGUUGCCUUUAAAACCAAGAACCCUGAAACAAAAAUAGGAUUUUCAAGGUUUUGCACCUUGCGACCUAAAUGGUGUAUUACUGUUGGUGCCUCAGGAACACAUUCUGUACGCGUCUGUGCUAUUCAUCAGAAUUUGAAACUGCUUUUAGAUCCUCUUGGUGUGACAUACAAAGAAUUAUUACCUUAUAUUGUCUGUGAUAUAACUGAUAAAGACUGUAUGAUGAGGAAAUGUGAAAAAUGCCCAGCAAUUAUAAAUGGAUUGGUUGAAAAACGUUAUGAUAUACUUGGAGAAUUUGAAGAUGAUGAUGAGAUUGAAUUUGAUCAAUGGACAACAACAGAUAGGUCAAACUUGACACAUAAUAAAGAGCCAGUGUUUGAAUACAUUGAACUAGUAUGUAGAAAACUAGAAAAACUUGUAACACAUUCGUAUUUAGCAAAGAGUCAAGCAUUAUACCUGAGAUCAAGAAAGGAAGAUAUGAAUGAGAUGAUUUUUCAGAAAACUAUAAAUUUGUAGUUCAGAAUGAAGUGCAAAGCUUUUAUUGAACAAAUUUACAAUGUACACUUCAUCCAGUGAUUAUUUAUUUCAAAAAAGAAGGCAUUCUCAAGCACAAAUCCUAUUGUAUUAUUUCGGAUGGUAUGAUCCAUGAUGUGAACAUGGUGUAUAAAAUUAUUGAGGUUGUUUGCAAUGAUAUAAAAACAAAUUUGCCUCAAAUAAAAAAUAUUGAAUACUUUUCAGAUGGGUGUGCAGGUCAAUACAAGAAUUGCAAAAAUAUGUUAAGUCUUUGUUUCCAUUGUGAAAAUUUUGGUUUUACUGCUAAAUGGAACUUUUUUGCAACUAGUCACGGUAAGCAACCUUGUGAUGGGAUAGGUGGUAUAGUCAAACAUCUGGCAACACAAGCAAGUUUGCAAAGAGAUAUGGAUAAUCAUAUUUUAUCUCCACAAACAAUGUAUAAAUAUUGCAAUGAAAACAUUGAAGGCAUAAAUUUUACAUAUAUUUCAUCAGAAGAUUUAACUUUAGUGAGAACCGCUCUUAAAGAACAAUUGGAUACUGCUAAUACAUUACCUAGAACACGUAGUUACCAUCAGAUUGUACCACUUGGCCAUCAAAAGGUAGGCACUAAGCUAUGCAGUGUUGAUGAAGAAUUUGCUUUAAUUCAUGACUUGGGAAAUAUCCCGAUAACAACUGUAAACCUAGUUCCAGGUGAUUAUGCUUGUGUUUCCUAUGAGCAAAAGUGGUGGAUAGGAGUCAUUGAAGAUAUUAAUUUAAAAGAAAAAGAUGUGCUUGUAAAAUUCAUGUAUCCUAAUGGUCCUGCACGGUCGUUUAAAUGGCCAUCAAAGGAAAGCCAAUGCUGGAUUCCUGAUGUCCGCAUUAUUUGCAAAGUUGAGGUACCGAUAACAAAAACAGGACUUUGCUACUAUCUAGCCAAAGAGGACUUAAAAAAAAUUAUUUUCCUAAGGAAGUAGAGAUUUUUAUUUUUAUGAGUCUAUUAUUUCUUAUCUAUUCUUUUUUUAAAUAUUAUGUUUUGUGAACCAACUUGUAAAUAAUGUGAAUUUAAUGCAUAUAUAAA